CAGAGACAAAACUGUGGUAAGACGAAAACAAUUGACUAGUAGGUGAAACUAAUAGGACUUGGAUUCCAUCCUCUCUCUCUCUCUCUCUCUCUCCUCUUGCUCAACACAGUCUCCGUGUUUCCAUUUCAGUCGGGGCCCUCUUUCUUGCAGCCAACCAACGCAAGAAACCUCACCUCUAUCUGUGUGUGUGAGAGAGAGAGUGUGAGUGAGUUUACUAGAACCUGCAAAGAGAUACAAGAGAAGCCUCUGAUAAGUGUGUGAAAGAAUGGAGAAGAAUGAGCAAGAAAGCCUGAAAUUGGAGGAUGACGAGCCUGAGAAGAUCAACUACAGGGGGGUCAAGGCCAUGCCCUUCAUCAUAGGGAAUGAGACAUUCGAGAAGCUCGGAGCCAUCGGCACUUUAUCCAACCUUCAGGUCUACCUGACCACCGUCUUCGACAUGUCUCGCAUUUCAGCCACCACUCUUCUCAACGUCUUCAACGGCACCACGAACAUUGCAACCUUAGUCGGAGCUUACCUUUGCGACACUUACUUCGGCCGUUACAAGACAUUGGGAUUCGCCUCAAUUGCCUCAUUAUUUGGAUUGCUGGUGAUAACGCUGACAGCAGCAUUCAAGAAUCUGCAUCCGCCCCACUGCGAGCAGGGGGAGAGAUGCGUCGGCCCUGACGCAGGGCAAAUGGCGUUUCUGCUAUUCGGUUUUGGGCUAAUGAUAGUUGGAGCAGGGGGGAUCAGGCCGUGUAACUUAGCGUUUGGGGUUGAUCAGUUCAAUCCCAACACAGAAUCAGGGAAGAGGGGAAUUGAUAGUUUCUUCAAUUGGUAUUAUUUCACGAUAACGUUCGCACAGAUUGUGUCGUUGACACUGGUUGUUUACGUCCAGUCCAAUGUGAGCUGGUCGAUAGGCUUAGCGAUACCGACCAUCUUUAUGUUUGUGUCGUGUUUGUUGUUCUUCGUCGGCACCAAAAUAUAUGUUAAAGUUAGGCCGGAAGGCAGCCCGAUGACUAGUCUGGUCCAGGUGAUGGUUGUUGCGGUGAAGAAGAGGCGGCUGGAAUUGCCCCAGCAGCCGUGGCUCAGCCUGUUCAAUUAUUUACCACCUAAGUCUAUCAAUUCUAAGCUGCCUCAUACCGAGCAAUUUUGUUUCUUGGACAAAGCAGCAAUCAUCACACCAGAAGACCAGAUAAAACCAGAUGGAACCGCUGCGGAUCCAUGGAACCUCUGCAGCAUGCAACAAGUGGAAGAAGCGAAAUGUGUGGUCAGAUUGAUUCCCAUUUCACUCACGUCCAUACUGUACCACAUAGGAGUGCAACAGCAAUACAUAGUCUUCCAAGCACUUCAGUCCGACCGCCAUCUUGGCAACACCAAAUUCCAAAUACCCGCUGCAUCGUAUGUCGUUUUUGCCAUGCUAGGCCUCGCGUUCUGGGUGCCCAUCUACGACAGACUCUUUGUCCCGUUUGCACGAAGAAUCACGAAGAAAGAAGGUGGAAUCACAAUCCUGCAGAGAAUGGGGGUAGGCUUGUUCAUAACGAUUAUAGAAUCGCUCGUCGGGGCGAUUGUGGAAGAACGGAGGAGGGCGUUGGCGCUCGCGGGGCCGGAGCCUGUUGCGGUUUCGCCCAUGUCUGGAAUGUGGUUGGUCCCUCAGCUGGCGUUGGGCGGACUGGCCGAGGCGUUUAAUGCCAUUGGCCAACUUGAGUUUUACUACAAGCAGUUCCCAGAGAACAUGAGGAGUUUUGGAGGGGCGUUUUUCUUUUGCGGUAAUGCAUUAUCGAGCUACGUGUAUAGUUUUCUGAUCUCGGUGGUGCACCAGACGACUGAGGGCUCGUCGAAGGGGAACUGGCUGCCUGAAGAUCUCAACAAGGGGAGAUUGGAUUAUUUCUACUACCUGAUUGCAGCACUGUGUGCAUUGAAUUUUUGCUAUUUUCUUGUGUGUGCACAUUGGUAUAGAUACAAGGGGAGUGAAGACAGCAGUGCUGCAGUGGAAAUGGAGGUAAAGAAACAUGAUCCACAUUCUGCCUGAUGAUUGACAGAAACCUCGUAAUGGAAUUUCUUGAAUUUAUCUACUUCUUUUUACGCUUUGUUUUGUUGUCAAAAGCAAAAAACCAUAAGCGACAUGUUAGACAUGAGAAGGGCCACUGUAAUGUUCGUACCAGAAAUUCCUGGUUAGUUCCUGGACUUCAAAUCAUAGAUAAUCACCACCAUUCAUUGUAUGGUAUCCUAGGUAUAAGUUUACAGUUCAAGUGAGCAUAAAAGCUCAGAGACAGUGAUAGAGAAAAUCAGGUUUCAUAAGAAUACAAACUUGCAGUAACCAAGGUUGUAAGUUCAACAUCA